AUGGAGAACAAGAAAGCAAACAUAUUGAUGCACAAGUACGAGCUGGGGCGCCUUCUCGGGAAAGGUACUUUCGCCAAGGUUUACCAUGCUCGAAACUUGAGGACCGGCCAAAGUGUUGCCAUUAAGAUCAUAGACAAAGAGAAGGUGCAACAGGUUGGAUUGAUUGAUCAAAUCAAGCGUGAAAUUUCGGUCAUGCGCCUUGUUAGGCACCCCAAUGUUGUUCAGCUCUAUGAAGUGAUGGCCAGCAAGACCAAAAUCUACUUUGCCAUGGAGUAUGUGAAAGGUGGUGAGCUCUUCAACAAGGUUGCCAAAGGGAAGCUCAAGGAAGACAUAGCCCGAAAAUACUUCCAACAGUUGAUUGGAGCCGUUGAUUACUGCCACAGCCGCGGAGUUUAUCACCGUGACAUCAAGCCAGAGAAUCUCCUGGUUGAUGAGCAUGGUAACCUCAAGGUCUCAGAUUUCGGGCUGAGUGCAUUGAUAGAGUCAAGAGGUCAAGAUGGUCUGUUGCACACCACUUGCGGAACUCCUGCUUAUGUAGCACCAGAAGUGAUCAACAAGAAAGGUUAUGAUGGUGCCAAGGCAGAUACAUGGUCAUGCGGGGUAGUCCUGUAUGUUCUUUUAGCUGGUUUUCUUCCAUUCCACGACACAAAUCUCAUGGAAAUGUACAGGAAGAUCAGCAGAGGAGACUUCAAGAGUCCACAAUGGUUCCCUCCAGAGGUUCGUAAGCUACUUGCACGGAUUCUUGAUCCGAAUGCCACCAUGAGAAUAAGCGUGGAUAAGAUCAUGGAGAACAGUUGGUUUAAGAAGGGGUUUAAGCAUAUUGAUGCCCCGUUACCAAUUCCAUGUGAUCCAAGCACAUCUAUCAGUGAUGUGCAUUCUGCUUUUGGAUCACCAGACAGUUCAGAAGGCAGUUCUAAUAGGAAAGCGGAAACUACUAAUGCAGCAAGCCCCAUGAGGCCAACUAACUUCAAUGCCUUCGACAUCAUAUCUCUCUCACCGGGAUUUGAUCUAUCUGGUUUGUUUGAGGGUGAUCACAAGCAUAGAUCAUCACAGUCACGAUUCACCACUACAAAACCAGCAUCUACUAUUGUUUCGAAAUUUGAACAGAUUGCACAAAUGGAGAGAUUCAGAUGCAUGCAGAAGGACGGGACUGUCAAAUUGCAGGGCAGCAGGGAAGGAAGGAAAGGGCAGCUUGGUAUUGAUGCUGAGAUUUUCGAAGUCACACCUUCGUUUUUCGUUGUGGAGGUGAAGAAAACAGCUGGGGACACAUUGGAAUACAUUCAAUUCUAUGACCAUGAUUUAAAGCCCUCUCUUAAGGACAUAGUAUGGACUUGGCAAGGAAAUGAUCCACAGCAGCAACACCAGCCAGCAACUCAAGUCUCUUGA